AUGCCUCAGCAACGACCAAGACGAGUGCAGAGACUACAGGGAAUUGGGGUAGAUCAAAUGGGAGCCAUUGGCGACUCUGUGACAAAUGACAUUGACCUUCUUCGACUGGAAAACCUGGACACGGACAUCCCCCCAGAUGAAGAAGCGGUGGCUCGAACAAGACGCGCCGCAACGACAGACGACGACAACAGCUAUCUGCCUUUUACCGGACAGAAGCAUCUCCGCCUGGUAGCAGCAGAACAUGUCUCUCGAGUCGCGGGGGUUCCUUAUUCCCCUGAUCAGAAUUGCGUCAUUUCCAGCGGGGGCCUAUCUGGGAUCCUAAAUGUCCUCUUGGCAACUAUCGACGAAGGAGACGAAGUCAUCGUCACAGACCCCACGUACAUUGGCUUGACUAACCGCAUUGUGCUGGCUGGCGGUCUUCCCAAGUAUGUGCCGUUUGUCUUUGACCCGUCGAAACCUUGGAAGAUUGACCAGGAUGCUCUUCGAAAUGCCGUGACACCCAGGACUAAAGCCAUGCUGCUCAUGUCUCCAUCGAUGCCAUCCGGCGGCUACUUUGACAAGGACGAUUGGCACCUCGUAGCCGAGCUUUGCGUUGGAAAUGAUCUUUGGCUCAUUCUCGACACGGCAAUGGAAAGACUAGUAUUCGACGGACGUGAGGUAAUACAUCCAGCCGGGCUGCCUGGUAUGGCAGAGAGAACCAUUACCAUAGGCUCCUCAGCAAAGGAGCUACGAAUGAUUGGAUGGCGCGUAGGUUGGAUUGUUGGACCCGACACCGUCAUGGCAGAUAUUGCCACAGUUUCCAUGGCGAACGUGGUCGUUCCAGUAGGCAUUGCCCAAGACGCAGUUGCCAUUGCUCUGGAGAAAUCUCAGACGACGCUGCAACCCUAUGUAGAGGAACUCCAAGCCAGGCGAGACAAGGUCAUCUCUGAGCUGGAGGGACUUCCCAUCGGUAUUCCUGCCGGAGGCUGGAGUCUUUUAUUGCGGGUGAGUGACUACGGGUUCACAGGACAAACAGCAUCAGAGAGAUUGUUGAAAGAGGGUGUCUGUGCCACAGGAAUGAAAGGCUGGGGGACAGAACACGGGGCUCAAUAUGUUCGAUUCGUUUUCUCCAACGAACCAGUGAAUCGCUUACACGGACUUGGAUCACGGGUUCGAGCUGCGCUGGGCAUAAAUUCGACCUAG